GGAGCGACAGCGUCGGGGCGCCCGGCGUCGUUGAUGGGUUACUCGGAAGUCCACUGGAUUGUGAACAGUGCACCAGAGAAUGCCGCCGUGAACGGAUGCACCCUCGACAUUUACCGUAAGCACAACAGCCACACGUGUUGAGCCCACAUUCGUGUUGAUUAGAGAUAACCACCACUUGGUGAUAACCGGAGUGAUUACGAGUAACUGCAAUUUUCGAUUUUCGAGGGAGGGGAACGUUAUCUCGCGGGAUUUUCGGCGUUUUUCUCUGGGAAAAAGCCCGGGUGGAGCUGUGACGAGACGCCGUGUCGUCGGGGUAAAUGAUACUGUGAUCAAACCCCUGCGUGUAUGAUAGGCGGAGUGCGCUAUGAGUACAGGAGAAAAAACAGCCACAGAGAGAAGAUGACACCACGCCGACACGUCCUGGCGGGCAUUCGCCGGACACUCCUCGCGGCUGCUGUACUUGCCAUCGUCAUUCUCGCAUUAUCGAGCCAGGACAGCAGUAGCAAUACAGUGCAGUCAUCGUUGGAAAAGGAGACACCGCAAUCCGCGGAGGAGAGGCAAUUAGAAUUGAACAGUGCAGCGGAGACUGAGAUGCGAUUGGCAGAGAGGCGUCGAUUAUUAACGGAAAGAUGCUCCGAAGCUGGUCUAGAUCGGCCUGGGAACGAUUCACUCCACAAGCCAAAUGCCUGGGAAUUUUUUGUCAACCGAGACUACCACCUCAUCUGGUGCAACGUAUUCAAAGCAGCCUCCACCUCCUGGAUCUACAAUUUUAAUAGACUAGCGGGGUACAGUCCCCAAUUUUUAAAGGCCUCGAAGGCUGUGCCAGUGUCUCUAGCUCGACAGAGAUAUCCCAGGCCAACAGCGGAGGAGCUUGCCAGGUAUCUCAACGACUCGGUGAGCUUCCUCAUUGUCAGACAUCCAUUUGAACGACUACUCAGUGCCUAUCGCGACAAACUCGAGCAGAGUCUACCCAACACACUUCACAGCAAGCUCGGAGUGAGGAUAAUUAACCAGUACAGGCCGAAAGAUCCUAAGAACAGAAUGAGACACGGGCCGAGGUAUCCACUGUUUGAGGAGUUUGUCAGGUGGUUGCUUUGCGAGUGGCGCGCUGGUAAUGAAUUGGACAUGCACUGGACACCGGUUCUACAGUUCUGCACACCCUGUCAAGUUAGAUUUGAUGUCAUCGCCAAGUUUGAGACUCUUCAGGAGGAUCAAAAUUAUCUCAUAAAACACGUCCACCUGGAGCACAUGAUCCGCCCAGAGUGGAAAAAUCCAGCCAGAGGUGCACAAACCAGAGACGUAAUGAAGACAUACUUCAUGCAAUUAUCCAAAAGUCAAAUUGCUGAUUUAUACGACAUGUUCAAGUAUGACUUUGAACUUUUCGAUUACUCACCAGACGAGUAUCUGGCGAUCGGCAGAGACGAGUCCACCACCUUCGAGUGUAAAAAUGCCAGGGUAACAUCAAUUUAAAUUAAUCAAAACUACGUUCAUCGAACAACGAAGAGAGUACGUUAACGAUAAUUCGAGUUUUCCAAUCCCCCCCCCUAAGCUUUUUCGCCUCGUUAGGACAAUUAUUUCAUCGGUCAAUAAUUCAUUACAAUUGUAAUUGAGUGAGUCGCACAUAUCGGACUUAAUUUAAGUAGCUAGAAUUUCUCAAACAAAUUAAACGCCCAUGAACAAUGGCGCAAUUAGCAUCAAAGACGCUCUGUGAAUGCACAAAUAAGCCUGUUAAACUAUAAUUUUAAGCACUAGAUUGUUAAUCUCAGUUGAACAAUGCCUCAUUGCAUUUUCAUGACAUUUUUAUUCCUGUAUGAUUCUUACGGCGACAUUUUUUUAUUGCAUUUAGUUUGAUUGAAUGAUCGCAAAUGAUCCUGGAAGUUCACAUCUACUUUGUUACUAUUAAAACCAUUGGAUACAUUGCAAUAGUGCCUCAGAAUUCAUCAACGCAUUACGUAAUUUAAUAAAAGAUGGCCUAAUUUAAUUACGAGAGUCAUAAUCUCACUGUAUUAACCAUUAAAAAAUGGCAAUUGAACCGAAGUUAAUUGCAUUUUUUCGACGAUUAAAACCUAGGAGUUUCGAAUGUGAAAACAACUGAGAGAGCGACCAAAAAUGAAUGAAUAUAAAUUGAUAUCUAGAUGUUAAUCAACUUAAUGUCGAGCUAGUAGUUAAUUCAUACAUUAAUAAAGAAUUGUUAUUCAGUUGUAAAUAUGUAAAUGUAAGGAUACCUUUAAAAAUAUAUGUUUUACAUUAGAAAA